GCGCGCGCUAUUUAAAGGGAAAGGCCCCGCCGGGAAAGAGGUCGUCGUCUCUUCAGAAUCCGGCCGGUGUUUAGGCCAUGAGAGAGACAGAGGCAUGAUCUGGUCCGUUUUUUAGGGCAGAAGAGCUGCGGCUUCAUCGUUUUCCGGUUGCGAUCGAACGGGGAAGGCGGAGGAUUAUUACAUUGCUGCGCGAGAACCGGCGGUGAAGAAGACGAGCGAGAGUGCGUGAUUCUUCGGCGUUCUGGCGUGUCUUCGGUGAAAAGUUCGCGAGGCGGUGAGCGAUCGGAGGCGUUUUGCUAUCGGUCGUCGAGGAAUUUGAGGUGUUGGAGAAGGAUCGCCGUUCUCAGGCGUUGCGGCGUUGCUUCUGGCGAAAAAGUGACAGAUCACUGCUUUCUCCGGCAGCCUGGCGGGUUCUGGGUCGAAGCAUCGGGGUAGAGGGAAGUUCAUCGUCGGCGGACGGAUUUUUGUCAUUUAGGUGUGGGAUCGAGGAGGCGGCAACAUCUUUCAUAAGAUACGAGUCGGAGGAAUGAAGCCUAGUUCGCGAUAUUGCUUUCUUUGGAGAAAAAACUUCGAACCGGGGGGAAAUGCCACCGCCUGAGAAGCGCCUUCCUGUUGGUGUUCGGAGCCUAUCUAGUUGAUGCGUUGGACUCGGUUCUUGCAGAAUGCCUGAAGGGUGUAUCCGUUUCCUUGCAGCAGGCCCGAAGCGUUCAGUAUCUAUCAGCAGCUUUGUUAGCAACUUUUUCGUGGUUUUUGCUGCCAAAUUCUAGCUUAUAUUUACGCUCAGGUGUUUGCUAGAGAGAACAAAAGGAUGUGUCUUUUGUUAUUGUCUGCAAAGGGGCCUCCUAUCAAACGAAGGGCUGGUCUACGAAUGAAACAAGCUGGUAGGGGAUCGUAUCGAGGUAGCUAGAGACGGCACCUUGGUUGACAGCGAAAUUUGAAGUUUAUGGGCGGCAGAGAAGUUUGUUUUCUUAGAGCUUUUAUAGUUUAGCUGAGGCUUUGCAUUAAACUGGUUAGAGCCUUUCCCCGCUCCGAUAUACACAAAAUGGAGAUGAGUCGCAUGACCGUGCAUCUGCUCCUGAGAAGUAUUUGCAACGAUAGCGGAUGGAACUAUGCAGUCUUCUGGAAGCCUAAGAACCCACACUGCAUGCUGCUGACAUGCAGUGAGGCUUACUAUAAUUUCCCAGAAUCUCCGAAUGUAAAUAGCGCAGAUGCGGGUUCAUGCUUAUACAGAAACGAAUUGAAUCAUUCUGGCGGCGCUGUGAGUGGAUAUUAUGGAUCUGAUCUUCAAGUAACGAUCGCAAAUAUGUCACACCAUGUGUAUUCUCUGGAAGAAGGUGUGAUUAGCCAAAUAAUGAAGUCCGGGAGGCACCAUUGGGCUUUGGCUGAAAAGGAUCCUAAUUUCGUCGAAAAUUCUGAACUGUCACAUGGGCUUCCAGAUGAGUGGAGAAUCCAAUUUGCAGCUGGUAUCAAGACAAUGGUGCUCGUACCUGUGAUGCCAUAUGGUCUGGUGCAGCUUGGCGCCCUAUCAACAAUGAGAGAGGACGUGCAGCUGGUGGACCACAUUAGGUCUUUAUUUAUCCAUCUUCAUCUUCCAUCUGAGGUGGGAUUUACGGUCUCCUCAGUGGGUUGCCUGCCCGAAAUGCUCAUUCUAGGCUCUGGUUUACCUGCAAGCUCGGCAACUUCAUAUACAGCCUAUAACCUUUCACAGCAAAAACCUUGGGAGACACUGUUUGAGAAGGCCCCUGGUCUGGCAACUUUAGACGCAGACCAGGCGAUAAAGAGUAGCUUGUUGAAUAGCGAAUUUUCAAAUUUACCAAUGUUGACUGUUGAGGAUGAUCCUGAGAUGUGGCACAAGGGUUUGUACGCCUGUAAAUUUGGUCCAGGUGGUGGGCAUGGUUCAGACGAUGAGAUGGUGACGGAUUUGGUACCAACAGCUUUAGCUGAAUCUUCACAUAUGCAAAGUUGGCAUAUGGAAGACAAUUCCCUAUAUGUGACUGCGGCCCUGCUGAAUGAUGAGACCCAACUUUGCAACAACAUAGAAGCCGGCCCACAAUCUAGAUGCGAUACACCUGAUCAGAAUUUUUUUGCUGAAAUCCCGUAUACAUCUCACACGUUGGACAAAAAUCUUGAGCAAAAUCUGAUCUGCAACGUCACUUACGCUUCACAUUCGGGAAGCCAAACGUUCCUUGAUGAUACAUGCAGUUUCAUGUCUGAAGAAAGCGCUUAUCAACUUUUUGGAAGGGGAUAUACUGUAGAGAUGGCCGAGGCAAUUGCUGAUGACACCUUCAAGUUUCCGAAUGAUUCUGAACUACAUAAAGCACUUGGACAGACGUCAUGUCAAGAAAGGGCGUCUUAUUUCUGUCUUGGCGCUGUUGCAAAUCUUGAUGGUUCUAGCACUGGAAGCCCUACGGUUGAUAGGUUCAUUUUACAAGAAAGUGCUUCUGACUUGCUUGGGGAAAUCAAAGAGUGGUUAAUGGAUGGAAGCAAGUCAGAGCACCUUUUAGAUGCCGUUGUGGCUGAUGCGUGCAUUUCCCUAAAAAAUGAAGCUGCUUCUCAGCCGACUUCAGCUAAACCAUCUGAUGGCUCAUUUGUAGGCUGUGGUCUUUACUCUGAAACACAAGAUGAUGUGCCCGAUUCUGUGGCUGAUGACGCAGUUAAGAAUUUUCCACUUAGAUCGACGGAUGUUAAACCUUCUAGUCACAUCCAGGAGGCGGCUCUUGCUUAUCGUAAAACUCAAACUCAAAGCAAUGGCAUUCAGAGCGACUUUCUGCUGCAUGAUCUGGAACCCUGGAGCUAUCCACGUCGUGGCUUUAUCUCUUGGUCUGAAGAAUCGGCAACCAUACCACCGCCUGGGCCGCAAACUGACGACCCAAAGAGAAUAAACGCAGGAUCUGUAUUGUCUAAGGACGAAGUCAAGUUACCGAAAUCAAAUAAGAAGAAGAGUAAGCCUGGUGAAAGCGGUAGGCCAAGGCCAAGAGACAGACAACAGAUCCAAGACCGCAUUAAAGAGCUGAGAGAGAUUGUACCAGAAGGAUCUAAGUGCAGCAUCGAUGCGCUCUUUGAACGAACCAUCAAGCAUAUGUUGUUCUUGCGAAGUGUCACAAACCAUGUGGAUAAGUUGAAGAAAUGCGCACGGCCAAAGGUUGUUAAUGAUGAAGGUUCUAACUCUCUUCAUUCGAAAGGUGCGACCUGGGCUGUUGAGUUGGGAAGCCAGUCUGGUUCAUGCCCACUGAUCGUGGAGAAUCUGAGUCAUCCUGGUCACGUGCUCGUUGAGAUGCUCUGUGAAGACCAGGGGUUAUUUCUAGAGAUAGCUCAGGUGAUUAGGAACUUAGGGAUGACUAUCCUCAAAGGAGUUACAGAGACUCGAGAAGAUAAGUUAUGGGCUCAUUUCAUCAUUGAGGUUAGCAGAGGCUUUCAGAGAAUGGACAUACUUUGGCCAUUAAUGCAACUCUUCCAGCCCAGACAUAACGCUACAUUAAGCAAAUUUUAAUCAGCUGCCGAGUAGUUUAACCUAGCUCACCUGCCUUUUAGCUCUCUGUGAUUCAUAUACUGAUUUUGUUUAGGCCAAACAGCACCAGAAAGUCUCAUUUCACAACCUGUAUGCGAUAAUAUACUACCAAUGAUUCAUGUAUAACUUAGAAUCAACUAUUUGUCGAACUUGUUUGGCUGUACAACGUAGGCCACAAAAGAAUGAAGACAUGUAACUUCCGUUUAUUGUUAGUCGGUGCCCGGACCACCAAUGCUCUCCUAACCUCCCAAAAAUGAGGAACCAAGGCUUCUCUGCUUGCUUCCGUGUAUACGGCCUUCUAAGAGCUUUCAUGGAGGAGACUCGGCCAACAGCAAAGUGUGCCACCACCCGCAGGCAACCUUCGUUGGAUGGCAAUCAAUGAGUGGAACUUGAGAAGGGAUGCUGCGGUCGAUCACGUCACCCAAGCCAAGCUGUGCUUCACAAGUUAAAAGCCUUUAGAUUUCUCGCAAAGGCGUGAGACACAAACUCCGACAGUAAAGGGAGAAUGCAAGGUGCCGUUGCAUGAGUUUUCAUACCUGCCCGUACUUGUUCCAUCCCCAGCUGAAUACGUCUCCUUCCUCUGUAUCAAGAAAUGUCUCCAGUUAGAAUUCUUCUGCUUUCAUUUUCUCA